AUGGCUGUGCUAAGCGGUUCCAAAAAUACGAUGGAUCAAAACUUAAGCAAAGAAAACAGUACCCCUAUUUCAGGCUCCCAUUGCUUCGGAAGUGGGGCGUCCAUCAGAUAUGGUUACUUUGAUAGAGAAAAAAAUAAGAACGCGAAGAUUAAACACGAAGGAACUCGAAAUAAUCACGACUUGAUAGAUGGUACAGGACACUUUUCUGAAGGAAGACAUUGGACUCAGAAUCCCAACAAGAAGACCAACAACGAAGCCGUAGUCGUUCGCCCAUCUGGAACAACAACCUACGCCGACGUUGCCAAGAAGUUAAAGACGAUCAUAAAUGUAAGUACGCUGAAUGUUAAUAUUAAAGGCUUAAAACAAUCGAAUAUGGGAGACUUCAUAAUCCAGGUAGGUAAGGGCCCCAAACAAGAAGAAGUAGCGGUGAGAUUAAAGCAAGCGGUCAUUCAGGCGUUAGGAGCUGAAGCAGUAGUAAAACACUCACCCAAGACCGAAAUAAUAGAAGUACGAUACCUGGACUCAGAAAAAACGGAGGAGGAGGUUAUACAGGUAGUCGUUAACUCCACGGAUACCACACCAGACUCGAUGAAUGUAAUCAGAAUGCUUCCCUCAUACGGAGGCAACAUGAUGGCAGUAGUCAAAAUAAAAAGCAUAAACGCCUAUACACUGCAAAAGACAGGCCACUUAAUUAUAGGACUUGUGCGAUGUCGAGUGAGGUUAAAAACUCAGAUUGCAAGAUGCUACAGAUGCUACAAUUUCGGCCAUUUCAGAGCAUCGUGUAGAGGAACUGAUCGAACGGCCCAGUGCAUGAAAUGUGGCCAAGAAAAUCACAAGGCGAAGGAUUGCAAUGUACAACCAAGAUGUGUUCUAUGA